AUGAUUAUAUCAUUAUAUUUUUUUGUUUUAUUUUUCAAGACAACUCUCGUAUUUUUAUUUAUAAUAAAAUAUAUUAAGUAUGCGCUGAGCAUUCUUAAUAAUACUAAUGAUGAAAUAAAUAAAUAUAAGACUCCAUUUAAUAAUUCAAUAGAAUAUAAUUGUGGUCAAAAUGAAAAAAAAAAUAAAGAGAGUGAGGAAAAAAAGAGUGAAGAUGAAGAGUAUGACGAAUGUAUAGGAGGAUCACCUACUUGUAGUGUUUCUGAAUUCUCAAAUACAAGUAAAACUAACAGUUCAUUUUCAAAAAGUUAUUCUAAUUAUUGUUUAAAAAGUAAUAGAAUACCUAAGUAUGUUACUGAAUUUUGGAAGUAUGACAAACCCUCUACACUCACAUCGAUAAUUGACAAUAGACCACCAUUCAAAAAAUAUGUAACAUCAAUAGAAAAAGAUUCUACUAUUGACCAUACCAUUGAUUUAAAAAAUAUAGAAAAACAAAUACAAAAUCAAACUGAAAAAUGUUCUUGUUCACCUAAAUUUAAAGUUCACAGAAUUUCAGACAACAACAAUCUAAUACUUUACGAAUUUGGGAGUUUUAAUUCAAUUAAACGUCAUGUUAAAAUAUACAAUUCAAAUGUCACAAUUCGCGUAGGUGGUGGUUGGAAGUCUUUAGAAGAGUUUUUUUGUAAAAUAGAUCCAUGUCGUCUAAAAAAAACUCAUUAUAAUAAACUAAAUAAUACAUCAACACUUUUAAAACAAAAAUCAUUAGAUUCUAACUUUAAUGGGACAAUUUUAACAACAUACACUUCAUUAAAAAAUUUAAAAACUAUGAAAGAAGAUAAUUAUGAUCAACAAAAAUUAAAAUGUAGUCCAAAAUAA